AUGUCUCAAAGUUUUCCAUUCGUCUCCCGCAUCCCGGGGGAUAACGCCAACAGUCCGAGUAUCAAUGGCUUCGAUCCAUCUUCUGCCAAAUCUUCAACGGUUGUGUCUGCUACGACAACACAAGUCGACGAAGAUGCCCAGACGCAGUCUGGACCGAAGCCAAAGAACAAGGUCGUUGUCGUGGGCGCUGGAAUCGCAGGACUCCGUGCGGCGUCUGUGCUCCAUCGCCAUGGUGUGGAAGUCGUCGUGCUGGAGGCUCGCGAUCGAAUUGGUGGUCGGAUCUGGACCGUGCGAAGUGAUGCUACUGGGAAGCCCGGCGUAGUCCGCGAUAUGGGCGCUGCUUGGUUGCAUGAAACAGCGCACAAUCCGCUGACCAGGCUGAUCCGCGAGAUUGGCCUGACCUACUACUAUGACGACGGCACACCGCUGUACUACACCAAGUUCGGCCGGACAUCUUCUCAAUUCAAGGCGAAAAAGGUCGCCGAGGAGUUCGCCAGCUUUGCAGAGUGGUACUAUCGGGUGAAUCCGAACGCAAAAGACAAGUCGGUCGAUGCGUUUAUCCGGAAAUUCGUCGAACGGCAUGAAUUGAUCAGCGAUGAUGAGAAGCUGUGGGCUCCGCAGGCCAUCAGAGACGUCGAGCACAUGCUGGGCACCACCACGAUGGAGUCGUCUGCGAAGCAUCUGUGCUAUUUUGGAUGGCCGGAGCGCAAUCUUUACGUCAAGGGUGGUUACGACGGAAUCGUCGAAUGGACUUCAAAGUCGCUCAAAGAAGACGGAGCUAAUGUCCAGCUCAACCGCAUCGUCAAGCACAUUGACUGGAGCGAUGAUGGCUCUGUUAGCGUUGGGCAUAAGAGUGUUUCGGGCGACGAUACGGCCGUCAUCUCUGGAGACGCCGUGGUCGUCGCUGUUCCACUGGGCUGUCUGCACCACAACAUGCUGUCGUUCAAUCCAGCCCUGCCGUCGGACGUUCAGAAAGGAAUUUCGAAGAUCAGCUACGGCGUCCUCGGAAAGGUCUUCUUCGAAUUCAGCGAAGUGUUCUGGUCGAAGGAGAACGAUCAACUCAUCUACAUCCCUUCGCCGUCCGAGUACGACGACGACGAUGAAGCCUCAUCAAGCUCAAGCGAAAAGCUCGGCCCAGCCGACAGCAUCCUCAACUACCCGACCACGACCGUCAACCUUUCGCUGAUCGCCGACAACAGCAAAGAACUGUGCAUCCAGAUCGUGGAACCUCUGGCCCAGCGUAUCGAAGCAAUGGGUAACGACCAUGGUAGAAUUUACAAGUUCUUCGUCCCGCUGUUCAAGCUGCUUCGGACGGAGAGUUCGAAGGCGCUGCCUGCGCUGGUCAACGUUGCGGUUACGGAUUGGAGUUGUGAUCCGCUUGCUGGUUUCGGCACAUUCGCGACGGAGAAAGUGGGCGACGAGCCGGAAGUCCUACUGGAGGCACUGGAGAGACACUCUGGUAGCCACUUGCAAUUUGCCGGCGAUCAUUGUGCUGAUGUUGGCUGCGGUUGCGUGCACGGCGCCAUCUCCUCGGGCGAGCUGGCGGCCAAGAACUUACUCAAGUCGUUUGGCAUCGCGUAUGAUGGAGGAGAUCUGGCGACGAUUAGAUGCGACAUUGACUCCGAUGAUGAGUAG